UCCUGCAAACCGUUAACUGUUUACAACUCACGAACAAACAAACGGCGACUAACACAGCGAGACAAAACAUUUGUCAGAUAGUUAAUUUAAAUGGCUGACCAGUUUACUGAGGUAGAUAAGUUAAGAGAGACGCUGCGGGAGAGUUUGGAAAUGACUGACAAACCCCAGGAGGACAUCAGCAGACAGGAUGUUUUGACGCGCAUUGAAAGAGUUAUUCAGACGAUAGUCAUCACCGUGUCUAAAGGUGAAGCACCUGUGCUGAGUGUGAUGAAUAGAUCCAGCUGGGCCAAUGUCAGAUUUCAUAAGUCUGUUGGUUUGGUGCUGAAGGAAGAUGUCUCUGUGAAGGCUCUCCGAUGUGACUGCCCUUCAUCAGCCACCAGAUUUGCCCUGAUUCUGAAGCUCUUGUCUGUUAUUUACAAACUUGUACAAAGUGACUCCUAUGCUACUAAAAGGGACAUAUACUAUAAUGAUCCACAGCUGUUUGGGUCACAGACGACCUUGGAUUCCAUCGUGGAUGACGUUUCGUGCAUGCUCAAGGUUCCUCGCAGAAGUUUGCAUGUGCUUGCAACAUCCAAAGGCUUCAUCUCAGGAGCUCUGUGUUAUUUAGAGGAAGAUGGCACAAAGGUGGACUGCAGUUCCAGCUCCACUGCGGUUCCGGUGUCUUCCAACGUUAAUGGGAUCAGAAACAUUGUAUCAGCUGCAAAAUUCAUUCUGAUAGUGGAGAAGGAUGCAACUUUCCAAAGACUACUGGACGAUGACUUUUGUACCAGACUUUCUCCCUGCAUCAUUAUAACUGGUAAAGGGGUGCCUGAUGUCAACAGCAGACUGAUGGUGAGGAAACUCUGGGACACGCUACACGUCCCUGUCUUUGCUCUGGUGGAUGCAGAUCCUCAUGGCAUCGAGAUCAUGUGCAUCUACAAGUACGGCUCACUGUCAAUGGCCUUCGAGGCCCACAGUCUGACUGUCCCCAGUGUGCUGUGGUUGGGCCUCCUGCCUUCAGACAUCCAGAGGUACAGAGUCCCAGAGGAAACAAUUAUUCCAUUUUCUCAAGCGGAUGAGAGAAAAAUCAACAGCUUGAGGAGCAGAGCCUACAUCACCUGCCAACCUGCCUGGGAGAGAGAGGUGGAAACAAUGCAGAGGCUGAAGCAGAAAGCUGAGAUACAGUCCCUGGCAUCCAUUGCGCCACAUUUCCUCACUCGAGUCUACCUGCCAAACAAACUGCGCUAUGGAGGCUGGAUAUGAGCAUCUGCCGCCCUCUGCUGGCACAUAUAUGACGUUGAGGUCUCGUGUCCUCCAGAUGACAUUAUCUGUCUGGCCUCAGUCCGACUGCAGUGCCUGCGAACUUCCUCAUUGUGGUCCUGAGCCAAUGAUCUGAUGCCUCGAGAAACUGACACGUUCAACAAAUGAGCUACAAAAUCAAGCCUGCAACACUUAAAGGAGGUCAUCAAAAGUCCUCUUCCUUCUUUUCAGCAGAUUCAGAAAAUACUGAUUGUCCACCAAAACAAGUCAAGCUAAAUAUCAUAUGAACGAUUUUAUUUCAAAUGUAUUGUAUAUGAGUUUUGCAAAGUUGCCACAUGCUGUCUAAAGACAUUUUACAGCUCUGAUUUAAGUAGUUUUGUUCUUUUGUAGCAUAAAUCGUCAAUUACAUGAACAACAUUUAUCAGAUUUAAAGGCACAUGUAAGAUUUAAGAUUAAAAUAUUC